AUAAGGUGCCAUUAUGCUAUGGGUCCACCUACAUCUGGUCGCCAUGACCUUUCCAGGAGAGGUGUUACAAAUGAUGCAGUCCCUUCUUCGCGUGCGUCCAGUCAAUGUGGUUGCAGCCCUCAGCGCCUUGCAUCUGAGUCCGACAUUGAUACUGGUCCUGGUGCCGAUUCUGAGGCCGAUUUUUCCGAAAUCUGAUCUCGAGCUUGAUUAUGCUUGGCCAUGUGCGCCUUUGGAUAAUCUGAAGGGUACAUCAUGGGUCAGGCUUUGACGAAACAUGAUGUACACUCGUAUUCAUCAUCUUCCUUGCGGCGCCACCACAACUUUCCCCCGUUAAUUUUCGGGCCCCCGCA